AUGCCCCCGACGCCGAAUUUUGAAGACAUAAGCCAGUCUGUGUUUUUGAUACCUUAUAGCUCUCCGGAUGACGAUUCUGAAGAAGAAAAUGAGACUUUCUUACGAGAGGCUCGUGAUACUAUUGAUAAUGACCUUGAAGAUGGCGAUCUUCUGAGGUGGGAGGCGUAUCAAUCUGCAUGGGCAAAAUGUCUUGACAAGCUUCAAUCUAUUAUCCGGAAGCUGCAUGAACCCGUUGUUGAAGCGAUUGUUGAAGAAGUCAAAAGCGCGUACACAGACACCCUGCCCGGAUUGCCCUAUCCCGAAUUACCUACCAUAACGAUAUCCAACCCCGCUGGUGGGCCGUCGUUUUUCAAUGAACUCAUCAAUCAGCUCGACUCUUCGAACGAUGAAGUGAACCCUAGCACGUUCGUCACACACCUGCAUCCCGUGGAAUGUUCGAAUAUCAUGGCCGGAAUGAAAACAUUGAUUACCGGAUUUACGGACAAACCACCUGAUCAAGCGAAAACCCAAUUCAAAAGAAACUCAGCAACUUCGCUUGCGAGUUAUGACAUUAACCUUCUUGAUGUGUGGUUCACAGCUGUCCGAAACGACCGAGAAAAGCACAACACAAAAGUGCCGAGUCUAGUUGCUGUUUUGCACGACUUUGAGCAAUUCAACCCAUCUGUAAUGCAAGAUAUUUUCGACAUUUGCAGCCUCCAAAUCCCUCAGCUUCCCCUUAUUUUCAUCGUGGCUCUCUCAUCUGCCCAAUCCCCUUCGUAUCUGCAUGUUACAUAUCCUCGCUCGACUCUAGCAGUUCUACGGAUUAGACAAUUCCACGUACCUUUCGGCUUGCAUAUUCUUGAAGAAAUACUGCGGCAGACCUUCUUUACUACCGCCUUCGACCCUGAUGUUAUCAUUGGUCCUGCGGCGCUCAGUUUCAUAGUCGACUACUACUCCCGAUAUAAUCCCUCGUUGGAUUCCUUAUUGAACAUGUUCCAGCUCGCUUACUUGAAACAUUUCAUGAUCAACCCACUUUCCUUAUUAGCGAAGACUACUCCCGCGAUAGACAUGCUAUCAACAUCCUUUUCCUUUGUAGACACGCUGUUUGGUCGGUUGUGUACUACAAAAACCUCGGCUGCCUGGCAUGAGCAACCGUUGCCUACAUUGAUAGCAGCGGUCGAUGACGCUCGCGAAGUUUUUCAUGCUCGUGUCAGGAAAUCACGGAUAGCUUUCGAAAUAAUGAUGGUCGUCCACGAAUUUUUCGCGCGCUUAGGAUCUAAGAGUAUCGAAUGGGACUCUCAUCACGGUACCGCUUUGUUAAGAAUUGCUAUUGACCUUCUCAAAGGGCGAUCAACGAAACAUGCUGAGACGUUAAGCUCCCUCGUCAGGAAAUUGAAGUUUUCUGAGAUACGCCCCUUCUUGGAUGUCUUACAUGCCUAUUAUCGUGAUGCACCUGCCGAUAUUCGGGACCGAGAGGAACAACAUAUUGACCUUUUCAUCUCGGGCUUACCGCAAGAGGACGACGAUCAAUAUUCUGGGAAAAUGCGACAGCUUGCCAUUGACAUAGGAGAUUGGUUACUUAAUUAUCUAGAUGAACUCGUGCAACCCCUCGAGGAACUCCCCCUGUGGGAACUCAUAAAUCCAUCGAUACGAGCAUCCAUCAUCUCGGGUCUGCUGCGCUCACAUGAGUUCAGUGACAAUGUCAAAAACCCGGAAGAGAUCAAUUUAUGGGAGCUUCCGGAUACUAGUAUUCUUUUCCGACGGUAUCUGGACAGCGGGAAGAUGAUCAAUGUCUAUGACUGGUUUGAGUCUUUUCAGCCGGUCCUGGAGACUCAGCGCAGGGAGACCUUGGGUCCCAGGAAAGGUUCCCGGAGAAAACGGGGAAAGAAGGUAGUCGGAGGCAACGAGGACAAAUGGAAAUUGCAGGUGCAGGCUAGGUUCAUCCGUGCGCUGCACGAGCUCGAUUAUCUUGGCUUUAUAAAGCACACUGGGAGAAAGGCCGAUCAUGUCAUUAGGACCGCGUUCGAUGUUUGUGAUAUGUAA